AUGCAGGUGUAGGAAAAACUCAUUUGCUUAAUAGGUUAGUCAAGAAAAUUACAAUUAUACUAUAUGACUCUUUUACUUAGGUAUGUAAAAGGUAAAUUGCCAUAGAAUAAACCGUCUACGAUUGGUGUUGAAUUUGCAACAAAGAACGUAGAACUUAAAAAUGGAGGAGGCAUAGUAAAGGCUCAAAUAUGGGAUACAGCUGGUUAGGAGAGAUAUAAAGCUAUUACAUCAGCACAUUAUCGAAGAGCAGUUGGAGCUUUAGUGGUAUAUGAUGUGACUAAAGAAGACACUUUUGUUAAUGCUCGAAGAUGGAUGGAGGAACUAAGAGCUAGUGCAGAACCUGACUGUGUGAUCUGCCUUGUUGGAAAUCAAGUAGACAGAGUUGAACUUAACGCAGCUCUAAGAUAAGUUCCUAUAGACAAAGCCUAGAAAUUUGCAAACGAGCAAGGUUUAAAGUUUAAGGAAACUUCAGCUCUUACUAAUGCUAACGUCACCGAUGUUUUUGACGAUUUACUCCACUUUAUAUAUGAUGUUAAAUAAAGACAAGAAUAGAAUGAUCCUAAUAAUGACCAAUCAAAAUUUAAGAAACUAUAGGAUCCUAAUUCAAUCGAGAAAAAAGGCAAAUGCUGCUGA